AGCCACGACAGGCAAUAACCUCACCGAAACCGCACCCAUAUAUUCAGUUAAUACACAGAAUGUCGAACUGAAUGGUAUUUUGUCAUCACAUCUUACUUUUUUUUUGUCUUUUCUGUUUGUCCCUCAAAUUGUCUGAGGAGGGCCCUGCCUCCUACCCACGGUUACAAACAUCUGCUCACACUUGAGUUCUCUAUCACUAAACAAAAAUGACAAAGCGAAAAGGACAGAGCUCUGCGUCCAUGGAGACACUGUUGCCAUGACGACCGUGAAACGCUUAGCAUCCUCCGAGGCUGCUCGUGUGGCCGUCCCGGACUUGGGCCCGAUCCACAAGUACACCACAACAAGGUACACCAGACUCAGAGAUGGAAGCAGCUUUCAAAGCAGAGAAACCAAGAGGGGAAACUUUGGAAUUGUCCAGUGCAAAAAAGCUUCCACAGAACACCAACUGCCUUGCCUGCUCGGAGGACGGCAGGUACCUCAGUCUGGGCCACUCCCAGGGAUUGUCUGUGUGGUGUGUGUCUCCUCUGAUCUCUGCUGCAGACUGGCUGGAGGACAGACUGGAAAUUACAUCCAUCCAGAUGACCAGAAUGGCUGAGGCGGCCUAUCUACUUGGCACCAUUGAUGAUAUGGGUGUUGCCAGAGUCUUUGCUUUUCACUGUGACAAAAUUCACCUCCUCAGUGUUGUUAACAUCAUGGAAGAUAUCAACAAAAGGAGCGUGUGCUUGACCUUUGAACUGUCUCAAGGGGGACAUUACGGAGCGGCAACAAUCAGUUGCAACAGUGCAAUUUGGCUUGAAGUCCACCACUUCCCUUCAGAAACCUGGCUGAAAGAGUUACAGACGACAGUGUCACAGGCGCAGGAAUCAAACUCUUCAGGAGACAAGGAUGUAAAAUGGUCUCCGUUGUCAGUGCCAAAUAAAAUUCAGCCACCUGAGAUUUCAGCAGGAAUGUCACUGAAAGGUCCACUGAAAGAUAUUUUCCCACACUAUUUGGCUGUGGACGUAGACACCAGGAGGCACGAAUGGGAGAAACACUCUUGCAAUACUAAUGCCGAAAAACCUAAACAAACAAAUGAAAGCACAAGAUGUUGCACCCAGCACUUUCUUCUGCCUUGUCCUCUGUUUCCUGGUGACAGUAAAGUUAAGUCUCUGCCAGACUUGCCUGUUGCUGUCUGUGUGUGGUGGAGUGGUAGUCAUUAUCUUCUCCAGUAUUUGCUGCAAAAAGCACAGAAGAACAAACCAGCAGAUGUUGAACCCACGCCAGAUGUGUUGUGGCCAAAUGCAAAGGAAAUCCUCUGCUCUGCUGUUAGUAGAUGCACCCGCUACAUAGCUCUUGGGCUCAACAAUGCUUUGGUGUGUGUCUGGGAUCGGCAAUCUGGGUCUCAAUUGUCUGUUGUUUCAACGUCAGCAGCACACAGUGCCUUCUUUAGGAUCCAGUUUGUGGAUUACUGCCAUGUGUCUGCUGAUGAACUCCGUCUUCUAGUAGUGUGUAAAAGUGGAGAAAUUCACACAGUCACCACCGGACGAGGGACACAGUCCUGCACAAUGUUGCUCACUGAAAGACCAAAAGACAGUGGGGACCUCCCAACCAUCACUGCACCAGUGCCGUUCCUACAGAGCACGUUCCUUGUGGUGCAAAGAAAUGGAAAAAUGUUCAUCCAAGAUGUCAUCAACAAAGCCCCUCUGUGCUUCUUGAUUCCUCCUAAAACUCAUCUGAUCGCCACUCCGUGCAAUCCUGUUUAUGCUCUGAACACCAAGCAGCAAACUCUGUUCAUACGAGGUAAUCAGGACUCCAGCUACAGAGAGUCCUCUAAAAAAGUCAGCCAGAGUCAGCUUCUCAUCUUCCAUUUUGGAGCGACUGAUAUCCUUAAGCGGUAUAUCGUUUCACCUCCAUCUCCACAACAGGAAUCAUUGAGCUUUGUCACUCUCGAAGAAACCUGCAAUCGAUACCUCCAGCAAAGAGCACUGUCUGUGGACGAAAGGAACAAAGCUAUCACGCAAACAUGGAAGCGACUACAGGAUACUGCGGUGACGGCACCACAGAGACACAGCGGAGCUGAAGCAAACUGAAGCACUGCAACAAGCAGCACAGUCGUGUAUACUUUAUGUAGCAAUAUAUGCGAAACAUUUAGGCAUAUAGCAGCAGUGAUCCUGAGUUGUCUCAGGGAAUUACUUUGUUUCUUGUGUUAAAAUGGGCAUUGUUUUUAUAUGCGUGGUGCUUGAAGGCUUCCACUAAUAUGUUUUUUAAAAGGUUAAAAGUGUUUUCAUUCUGAUUAUGACGGGGUGAACUCACUCAGGGUACCCUGUUUUUGUUGUUGUUGUUGUUGUUGUUGCUGCCUUUGGGGUGUUUCAUAUGUCACGUUUGAAUGUCAGAAGACACACACAAAAAGCCAGGAAAGGAAGCAAAGAUUUUUUAAAUUUUUGUUACAAAACAAUCUUGAAAUAUCUCUUUCAGAGCUUUGACACUUUGUGCUGUGAAGGUGUAGUUUUACAUCUGGUUUUGGCAGUUCUGUAACAACAAAAAGAUGUGGAGUAUGUUCUUGUGCACCUGCAGCCUCAUGCCACUUAUAUAGUUUAUAACUUUAUGGAAAGAAAAACAUUUGACUACAUUAUUUGACCUUUUGACCCUACUGAGAAGUUGUCCCAAAAUUUUAAAGAAUUAAAGAUAAGUAGGGAGCAGCAUUAUAGCCGAUUGCUCAAUUUUUUUUGUCUGUCAUAUUCAAAUACAAAAGAGCAUAAUCAUCUGCUAAAUAACCUCUGUAUUUAUUGUGUCCCAGGGUAACAACAAUCUAGACGAAUCCUAAUAUGUCUGAUAGCAUAGUGUUCAUCUAUAACAAUGGCACCAUUAGUCCUCAUUGUCUCCCUCUUCAAGAUCAGAUUGGUAGCUGGCGGAAAUUCUGGUCUCUUUCUGGAAACAUUUAUCUGCAUUUUUGCACCAUUUGUUUUCCACCUUCACUAGUUGUAUCAAAUUAUACGAUUGCGUCACUCUGUGAAAGGGAACUGUUACGGAUACAGAUUUUAAUCAGCUUGAAACAUAAUUUGAAUAGCUAAAAGCUUCACUGUAGAUGCCAAAUGUCAACACGUUGCUGAGAGCAUAAUAAAAGCAAAGGUGUUCUUUUCAGAGAGUCUGGCACGUGUUACUGCCAACAUCAGUGAUGUACCGGAAAAAUGACAGUGACGCGUGUUUGCUUAUGUGAAAAUGACUCCAACGAUGAAUAAAGACUUGUCGAACAGUUUGAAUACAGAAAAACUUAUGAAAGGGACUGUGAGACUAUCUUGUUACAUCCAAGAGUGUCAUUAAAAAAAACACUCUGUGCUUCUUGAUUCCUCAUAAAACUCAUCUGAUCCCUA